UCAUCGGCACUGAAAUAAUGGGAUUUGGUUGGAACAUCAAAAAACAUUGCAACAAACUCGUGUCUACAAAUCUAUGGUUUUUGGACACGACACACACAAUGUUCAAACAUCAACCUUGUAACUGUUGUGCCUUGGCGGCGACCAACCAUAAUUCAGACAAAAUGGAGACGGUAAUGGAAGAUGAAGAAUACACUUAUAGAGAUGUGUUCUUGCCGACAUUGAUCCCUAGAAUUCCAGCACCGGCUUUAGAGAGAGGGACGGUGGAGAGAAGGAGAGGGAGAGAUAUAGUGAUAGCCAUUGAUCAUGGUCCUAAUAGCAAACAUGCCUUUGAUUGGGCUCUUAUUCAUCUUGUUAGGCUUGCUGAUACACUCUAUCUCGUUCAUGCUGUUUCCAGUGUAAGAAGUGAGACUGUUUAUGAAGCCAGUCAAGCACUUAUGGAGAAGCUAAGUGUGGAGGCUUUUCAGAUUGCGAUGGUAAGAACGAUGGCUCGAAUCGUGUCGGGGGAUGCAGGCAAAGUGAUUUGCAAGGAAGCAGAAAGGGUGAAGCCUGCAGCUGUUGUUAUGGGAACCCGUGGUAGAAGCUUAAUACAAAGUGUUUUUCAAGGAAGUGUUAGUGAUUAUUGCGUCCACAAUUGCAAAUCUGCUCCUGUAAUAAUCGUACCCGGGAAAGAUGCUGGAGAUGGCUCACUAACUUGGAAUUGAUUGUUUCAAUCUUGAUUAGCUGAAACCCUAAUCUAGGUGAAUGGUUCUUUUCUAUUUUUUGAGAAUGUUUACAUGAUUUGAUUCCAAGUGAACUCAAUGUAUGUUGUGAUUAUGGUUAGUCAUUUCAAUUUUUAUGGAUUGGGUUAAGAUAAAUGUUAAAAAUUUAAAAUUUAACCAACAUAAAAAUAUUUUUGAUCGUUAUUGAAA